AUGUUAACGGAAGAAGACGCUUUGCACGAAGAGACUCCGCUUCUCGCUCAGGCAGAAGCUUUGGAGUCGGGGCCUUCGAGCGCAGGCCUGUCGAAGCAUGACAAGCAGUACAAUCGCUUCUCGCCCUCGCAGAAGCGGGCGAUCGUUGGUUUGUUGUCAUGGGUCGGUCUGCUACCGUUUCUCGCAUCCGGGUCAUUCGUACCUUCCGUGCCCGAAAUAGCACGAGAGCUCAACUCGACAGGUCCAGUCAUUAAUUUAGCUAUAACCCUCUCUAUCAUCUGUGCUGCACUGGGCGGUCUCGUUUGGGCCACAUACUCCGGAACCUAUGGACGCAGGCCAAUUUAUUUGUGCUCCCUCCCAUGCCUCUGUGUCGGCUCGAUCGGAGUCGCACUCGCAUACAACGUGCCCUCGCUCAUGUUCUGGCGCGUCAUCCAGGCUUUCGGUGCCUCCAGCGGGCUCUCCGUCGGCGCUGGCGCGAUCUCCGACAUGUACCGCCUGGAGGAGCGCGGCCAGGCCAUGGGCAUUUUCUUCGGGGCAUCCCUCUUCGGACCAGCCAUCGCCCCGGUGGCGGGCGGGCUAGCAGCGCACUACGCCUCCUGGCGCCUCAUGCAGUGGGCUCUCUUCCUCAUGGGCCUCGCCGCGUACAUCUUGGUCCUAUUCUGGUUCCCGGAGACGCUGGACCCGGAGGUGGCGAAGGAGAAGUUCCGAGCGGCCGGGGGCGUCGAGGGGAGGCGGUUCGUGUGGCUGAACCCGGUCAAGAGCCUCGCGCUGCUCCGGAGUCCAAACAUCUUGAUAGUCACUCUCGCUGGGUCGACAACGUUCCUGACGGACUAUGCGUUGCUCAUUCCCCUCUCGUUCACCAUUGGCAAAGCGUACAACAUCACAAAUGCAGCUAUCAUCGGGAUGUUCUUCCUCGCGUCCGGAGUCGGCAAUAUAGUCGGUGCCCCCAUCGCCGGAUACUACGCCGACCAAGCUGUGAUCAAAGGGCGUGCACGACACGCAGGCCAAUGGGUGCCCGAGGACCGGCUGCGCGCAACGCUAUUCGGCGCACUCGUGCUUGUCCCGUUCUCCGUGCUCAUCUCGGGACUGGCGACGCAAUUCAUCCCUGGGGCACUUGGGAUUACGAUUAACGUCGCGUGUCUGUUUGCUAAUGGUGUUGCUGUUGACCUGGUGCUCACGCCCUCCUCGUCAUAUUAUGUCGACAUCCUGCACUCGCGCAGCGCAGAGGUGUGGGCUGCAAGCUCUGCCGUGCGCCAGUUCUCCGUCGCGCUCGCGACUGCCGGCAUCCUCCCGCUCAUCAACGCCGUCGGCGUCGCCGCCGCGGAUGCCAUCUUCGCUGUUGUCGCCUGGUUUGGGUUCCUGCUCAUUGUGCUUACGAUCCGCUAUGGGGAUCGGAUGCGCGCGUGGGUGGAUGUAGGGUACUCGACGGCGGAGACCAACUGAGUCGGAGACGUCUCAUGGAAAAUUGGCGAUGCCUAGCUGUUUAGCAUGCUCUAGGGUACGUACAUAUACCCAGGAAGCCUACGAGCUCCAUUACUAUUAUGUACUACUUGUUAGUACUACUG